CUUCAAUUAGUCGAAAUGAUUCUUUUCUACCUCUAUUUAUGGACAAACAAGAUCAGGCAUUCCAUAUAUUAUCCUCAAAAUGUUAACCCUUGUUAUAAUAAUUUUAUUCGUCGCUCCAACUAGUUAUGGUUUAGUCGAGUCACAUAAUUUUUCAUUCUCAUUGUUUGACUCUAAAAGUUGCGAAAAUGGAAGCAAUUUAAUUUGUUGGGGAUCAGUAAAUGCAGCUAAUGGAAUUCUAAACAUCACGCCAGACGAGCCACAGGUGCAGAAUGGUACAAGUGAGGUGGGAAGAGUCUUGUACCGGUAUCCUCUGACUGCAUGGCCUGCAUCUUUUUCCACCACCUUCACUACGAGGAUUUUGACGGAUUCAACGGUGUCUGGCGAUGGAAUUGCAUUCAUCAUUGUGCAGAACAAUAAGCCCUCCCCACCAGAAAGCUAUGGCUCUUUCAUAGGCAUCCUGGAUCCAUCAACAGAAGGGGGUGUUCUUCAUCAACUUGCAGUGGAGCUAGACACAUAUAAGAAUGCACGGGAAAUAGACGGAAACCAUAUUGCAAUUGACACUACAAGCAUCGAAUAUCCAGUUGCAGUAAAAAGUCUGAGUGAUAUCGGGAUUAAUCUCAAGAGUGGAAGAAAUAUUACGGUAAAAAUAGAGUAUGAUGGAUGGAAGAAAAUGUUGGAUAAUUUAAUUCUUUAA